AUUUUGGCCGUUGUGCUUUCCCAUUUCCCCCCCUCGCCGCCCUCCUCAGAUGGCAGCAAACGUAUCCGUUGAGCUUCCCAUUCCUGGCCACGAACCGGCCGGCGGCGUGCGUAUAUAACCGGCGGCGUAUCUCCUCCAAAUCUUGCAUAGAUACGCGGAAAUCUUAGCAACACCUCACGGCGAGAUCCUUGGCGAUCUCCGCUAGAUUUCGAUGUCGUCGUCGUCGUCCACUGGCAAUAUAAUGGAAGUAGUGGACCAGCAGCAGCUGGACUACGGCGGCGGGAGCAACAACCCGCGGAGGUGCGCCGCGUGCAAGUACCUGAGGCGGAGGUGCGCCCCCGACUGCGUCCUCGCGCCCUACUUCCCGGCGUCGCAGCCCCGGCGGUACGCCGACGUGCACGCCGUCUUCGGCACCAGCAACGCCACCAGGCUGCUCCAGAGCCUACCGGUGCAGGAGCGUGGCCGGGCGGCGGACACGAUGGCGGCGGAGGCGCGGUGGCGGGUGCAGGACCCGGUGUACGGCUGCACGGGGGUCAUCGACCGCCUGCAGCAGGAGAUCCGCGCCGUGCAGCACGAGCUCGCCACCACGCGGGCGCAGCUCGCCGUGCACGCGCAUCGCGGCGCGCCGCCGCCACCGCAAGCAACGCCGCAGCUGAUGUCUCUUCCUCCACCUCCUCAUCAAGGGAGAAAGUAUCGAGUCAUAGAGUACGUCAAUUUACUGUCUUGA